GUGUUGUUACUGAGUUCGCUGAGUGCUGGUGCUGCUGUUGAGGUAUUUUGAAACCUGUAUUCGUCAAAGUCCAGGACAUUACGGCGAUUUUUAGGCUACCAGUGUUCGAGUACGCACGGUUAGCGGAGGUGUGGAGUGGGCUGGAGCUGGCGGGGUCAUCUCACAUGGGAGAGCUCCUGCGCCCUCUGCUGACACACUGGCGUCAUGGAGGGGGUCAGAGAGCGCCCAGGGGCCAGAGAGCGUGGCUCCCGACUCCAGAGACCGUGGUCCGUGUACAGAGCCAGCACUCUGGAGCUGUCCAACGAGAUGUUGGGGCUGGCCCUGGCAGGGAACAGUCAGGAUCCAGAUGAGCCAGUACUGGAGUUUGGCUUGGCCUGUUCAGACCUGGUGACUCCCGCCAUGGACCGAAAACCUAGCACGUUCAUUGCUGUGAGCUGCACCACCCCUCCCCAGGCCUUCUGGACCAAGCACACACAAACUGAGAUCAUAGAGGGCACCAGUAACCCGAGCUUCCUGAGCAGCGUGGCCUUCUUCCAGGACUCCAGCAUCAGUCAGCACACUCAGCUCAAACUGGCUGUGUACGACGUCAAGGAGCGCUCUCAGGGCACGAUGUACAUGUUGGGGUCAGCUCUGUUCCCACUCAAAGAGCUGUUGCAGGAUCAGACAGGCCAGCUGCAACUGGAGCUCAGGUCAGCAGAGAACCAGCGUGUGGGUGUAGUCUUGGUGCGGACCUGGGGCAGAGAGGAGAGGGGAGACUGGAGGCUGUCAGCGGGACAUUUCAGGGACAGCACACGGACUGUGCUGCCCGUGGACCAGAGCCUCACCGAGUCCAUGGGAGCCCGCAUCAAGUACGCCUCACUGAGUCACGACUGCCUGCUGCGUUCAGUGUUCGGAGGAACUAUGUCGAGGAUGUACCGGCUGCCCCGCACGGAUGGCUCCCACCUGCGCAUCUUGGAGCAGAUGGCCGAGAGCACUCUGUCCCUGAACGUGCCCCGACAGCUUGUCAAACUACUGUUAGAGGAAGAUGCUGCCAGGGUGUGUGAGCUGGAGCAAUUGGGGGAGUUGUCGCCGUGUUGGGAGAGCCUGAGGAGGCAGAUCGUGUCCCACUACCAUCGCAAUAUCCUGUCCUACCAGGAGGCCCAGAACCACUUGAGCUCCUACAGGGGUCCUUCGUUCAAAGCCAGUAACCUGAAAGCAGAGAGGAAGUUGGAGUUCAUGCCCACCAACCUGCACAUUCAGCGGAUGAGAGUGCGGGACGAGCUGGGUCUGGAGAGCACCUAUGACGUGGUCACUGUGGGCGCUCCAGCCGCUCACUGCCAGGGCUUCAAGAGCAGCGGCCUGCGCAAACUACUGCAUAAAUCUGAAGAGGCCAAGAAACAGGAUGCAUCCUCCUGUCAGUCCCUGGUCCACAGUCCACAGGAGACGGUCCGGGCCAAAGAGCUGAUAGGUCAGAUCACCACACUGAGGACUCAGGUCAGCUACUACGCCGAGCGCGUGUCCCGGGCUGCUAAGGAGCACUCUGCCAGUGGGCUGGAGAGAACACUGCCCCCCCUCACGGACAAGACUCGGCAGUUGGUGACCGUGUGUGACUGUAAGCUGCUGGCGUCUGCGGUCCAGGCUCUGACCGCAGCCCGUCCUGAGUACAUCGCCUCAGCAACAUCGCCCUCUGCUGACCGGGAGCAUGUGGUGCUGAGGAAUGAUCAGGACUCACUGCUGGCCAAAUGGAGUGGACGCAACAGCCGCGGAGGGUCACUGCAGCCCGACUGGCCCGAGCAGGAGUGGGAGAGCGUGUGGGUCAAUGUGGACAAAUCCCUGGAGUGUAUUGUCCAGCGAGUUGACAAACUGCUGCAGAAGGACCGGAGACACAGUCAGGCCAGUGCGGACAGUGGCCUGAGCGGGAUGCAACCCACAACAAAGCGAGACGACUGUAAAAGAGCGUAUUGGAUCAAUCCCGGAAACGUGUCACAUGACCACUCAUCUUCAUCUGCAUGGUCCUCCUCACCCCCCCAGACCUCGACUGCUCCCCCCACCACCUCCCAGCAUGUGUUCAAUGGGACCUCCAGCGCAGAGGAGACGAGCCCAGGAGAGUGGAGCGAGGCCCUCUACCCUCUGCUCACGACACUGACCGACUGUGUGGACAUGAUGAGUGACCGGGCCAAGCAGUCCCUGGUGUUCCUCCUCAUGCAGGACAGCGCGACCUCCAUCGCCAUGGAUACAACGCUGCAGUACCGCCGUGAUGUUGUCUUCUGCCAGACGCUCACAGCACUCAUCUCUGGCUUCAUCAUCAAACUAAGGAACUGUCUCCGCGACGACGGCUUCCUGCGACAGCUCCACACCAUCGGCCUGCUGGCUCACUUCGAGUCCCUGCUCAGCACCUACGGUGAGGAACUGGCCAUGCUGGAGGACAUGAGCGUGGGUGUUCAGGACCUGCGUAACGUCACAUUCAAGGUUACCCAAGCAACCAGCAGCUCCGCCCCUGACCUGCUGCCAAUCAUCACGGGCAACAGACACGGCUUCAACGUGCGCAUCCCUCUGCCCGGCGCCAUGUUCGACGCCCUACCCCGAGAGAUCCAGAGCGGCAUGCUGCUCCGAGUCCAGCCCGUACACUUCAACGUGGGCAUCAAUGAGCAGCAGACCCUGGCUGAGAGGUUUGGUGACACCUCCCUGCAGGAGCUCAUUAACGUCGAGAGUUUGGCCCGACUCAACUCCUACUACGAGCAGUUCAAGGACGUCCUCCCUGAAGACUGUUUGCCCCGGUCCCACUCUCAGACCUGUCUCCCAGAGCUCCUCCGAUUCCUGGGCCAGAACGUUCAUGCCAGAAAGAACAAGAACGUGGACAUUUUGUGGCAGGCUGCUGAGAUUUGUCGGCGUUUGAACGGAGUGCGCUUCACGAGCUGUAAAAGUGCCAAAGACCGGACGGCCAUGUCUGUGACCCUGGAGCAGUGUCUGAUCCUACAGCAGGAGCAUGGCAUGGCCCCACAGGUGUUCACCCAGGCUCUGGACUGUAUGCGCAGUGAGGGCUGCCGUCGGGAGAACACUCAGAAGAACGUUGGCUCCAGAAAAUACGCCUUUAACUCUCUGCAGCUGAAGGCCUUCCCCAGACACUACCGCCCCCCCAGUGGCACCUUUGGCAAAGCAGAGACCUGAGCGG